GGAAUAGCAUUUUAUUGACGUUUUUAUACAAACUAUUUACACGUUUCAGUUUACCUUCUACAUUAAACGUAUUAUAUAUCUAGAUCGUCUAUAAAAAUCAUGGACUGUUUUGUGGUAACUGUUCAAUGAUGGUAAAUUGAGCAAUGGCUGAACAAAUUGGCUGUGGACAUUCCGUCGCAAAAAACACAGAAAAACUUCUACAAGAAAAAAGUUUGUUUGAUUUUACUGUCCGAGUUGAGGACGUGGAGUUGCCAUGUCACCGUGUUAUUCUGGCAGCGUCGUCACAUUUCUUCAGAGCACUUUUAAUGACAGACAUGAAGGAGGCUAAAGAGGGUUGUGUGACUAUAAGUGGGAUAUCAUUAGAAACGUUUCGACCAAUUUUUAAGUCAAUGUACACGGGAAAGAUUACUCUAACGUUAGACAAUUUUAUCGACAUAUGGCGGGCAGCAGACCAACUACAGAUAGAUUUUGUUGUUCGACACUGUGAGGAUUUCGCUACUAAAGUCACUUCUGUUGAGAACUUCGAGAGCAUGAAGAACGUAGCAGAAUUUCUAAAUUCUGACAAAGUUUGUAGUUUUUUAGACACUUUUUUGCUGGCCAACUUCGAUAGCGUUUGUGAGAUAAAUCAUAGGCCUAUAAUGGAAAUGGACUUCCGUGAUUUCGAUUUCUUUAUUAGAUCUCAUCAUCUCAACGUAAGGAAUGAAGACUUGCUCACAAAGCUAGUGCUAAAGUGGGUUGAGUAUGUGCCAGAAAAAAAUAGCAGUGAAGACGAAGAUGAGAAAUACACCGACACACAACAGGUAACUGUAAGAGAAACAAGUUCCAAUAAUGAAUCAGGCACAAGUUUAAUAACAGAAAUGAAAGAUCAACUAUAUACAAUUCAAGGUAAAAGACUUCGGAGACUUGCGUCAUUGUUAAAAUCUGUUAGAACGUGUUUUGUAAGUGCACCGAUGUUGAAAUAUCUGCUAAAACAUCAAUUGAUUAUCAACAACACUGAAGCCAGAGAUAUUUUAAUCGAUGCUGUAUUGUAUAAGACAACACAUUAUAACCACGGACAACUGCCAGCAAAUGCCACACAUAGAACCUCUAGUGAAUGGGAGCAUUGCAGUGUUGUGCACGUAACUGACUUGGCUUUCAUUGUUUUAACUGCUUUUGGUCACAGGUUUUUCACCUUUGAAAAUUGUAGCGAAUGUCGUCUGGAAGUGACUUUAGUUGUUUUCGACUCUUAUUUAUACGCUGCCGGUGUUGAUGAUGAAGCUCAAGAAUACAGCAGCCUGUGUGUUUUUAGCGGAAAUUUUUGGAAAAAAAUUGCUGAAAUUCCAGGACGUAAGUUAGUUCUUGUAUCAUAUGAUGAGUGCAUUUUUAUUCUAAGCAAGACCAAUCAAGAAAUAUAUCAAAUAUUUCCUAAAUGUGGGAAUGCGAGAGUUGAAGUAUUUACAAAAAUACCAGAGGCAAUGAAAGUUCGCCAUGCUGUAAGUUAUCAGAGAGGGAUUCUCAUCUUCAGUUCUGUGACCGUCAGUGGUGAGGAGAAAACAGCAGUUCAUCAACUAGACAUUCUAACAAAGACGUUCACAACACUACAACAACUGGACGGCCCAGCUAAAAAUCUAGUCACGUUAAGUGAUGAUAAGAGUACCUAUGUUUCACAGAAAAAUGGAGAUAUAUGGACAAUUGAUUUUAAAGACGGGAAAGUUACAUUCCAUCACCUGUGUAGGUGGUGCACAUUAAAAGAUGUGCAGGAUAAAUUAACGUACGACGACGAACUUCUUGUUCCACUUAUAAAUUCAUUAAAAAAAAAAUUAACACCUCUGUUAAUGAUGUAUUUUGCCAACAUUGAAGUCUGGAACCAUCUUAAUUUACCACGCUCAAAUUUCACCCCAGUUCUUCUACCUAAAAAUAUAUUGAUACCAGUACCAACAAAAUAAACAGCCAGUUUGUCUGAAAUUGUAGAGUCUAUGUUAUAACUCACUCGUGUUUAAAUGGGUCAGUGUGUUGAAGUCACGGUACCAGUUCUGGAAUUGUGUUUAGAAAUAAGGACGGGUGCAACAGUUCUGGAAUGGAGAUAAUGUAUUUUGAUAUUAAAUCAUUUAGGAUAAAUUAACUAUUAAUCUGUUUACAUUUCGUUAAAUACAUAAACACGUCUGAACGUACCAAAAUAUACAACUGUAAUCAUUUUAUUAAACUAACAAUAUUAAAAAUGUAUUCUUAUAAUUCACUAAGUUUUUUUGCAUGCAGAAAGCUAUUAUGAAAACACAGUACAAUGGUGUUAGAUUGGCCAAGUUUAAAUUAUAUUUUGUUUUUCUGGAAAAUAAUUAAUAAUUUAUUUUUUAAUUUAGAGAACAAUUUACAGACUAGUUAUAAGUAAUCAUCAAUACUUGUUUAUAUUUCGUUAUGUUUGUUUCUAAUCGGAGUCUUGUUUUGUUUACCCUUACAUCUAAUGUAUUUUUUAACGAAAGUUUCAUGAAAGUAUUUAAUUUAUAAACUUCACUGGCAUGCUGAUUUAAAAUACUCAAGGAGUUAAAAAUGUCAUGUUUGCUGUCGUGAUAUUUUUACAGCAACAUUCUCUAUGUGUAAACCCGUGAUUAGUAUUAGCUGGAAAGUAUUCUAAUUUAUUUUUUACCUGCUGUUUUAAAUAUUAUACUAGGGUAGGACACAGUGCUAUUAUAAAAUAGCCCAUGUUUAAUAAUAUUAAUAUAUUAAUAUUAAUUAAUUGUUAAUAUUUAUAUUAAAAAUAUUAAUUAAUUGAAUUAAUUUAUUGAACAUUACAUUUUUUAGCCUAUUUUACAAUA